AUGGUCCUCUUCCUCCUGCUGUUGGUCUCCCUGGCUACAGUCAGCCAUGUGUCAGGACAAGUAACUCCUUUUACAACCAGCACUGAAGUAGACAUCAAAACGUGUCCCUUUAAAUUCUUUGGAAAAGAAUACCAGAAGUUGUAUGUCGACACCUCCGGAAACAAAGUCUCAGUUUGUUUCAAAGGCAAACGCGACACAAGUGACAACGACUGUCUUCUGCUGGGUCAAGUGUGGUGUAACCUCUGUGCUGUUGCUCCUCUGCAGAACGUUGAAGUUCAGGUUGGUGGUAAGAAAGUGACGACGUGGGAGAUUAAGGAGAAAGGCAAGAAUAUCCCGAAGGACGCGAGCGCCUGCAGACACUCAGGGGUCCUCAGGGAUCCUCAGGGGUCCUCAGGGAUCCUCAGGGACCCUCAGUGGUUCUCAGGGACCCUCAGGAGUCCUCAGGGAUCCUCAGGGACGCUCAGGGACCCUCAGGGAUCCUCAGGGACCCUCAGGGACCCUCAGGGACCCUCAGGGAUCCUCAGGGGUGCUGUUGUUCUACCAGAGAAGAAAGGAUGUGGCUCAGAUGGCUCCUCUGUAACGUGCAGUGCCUCAGCAGUGUCCAAAACAACUCCUUGUGGCUCUGGGAAGAAAUGCGAGGGCGAGGGCCUGUGUGUGGCGCUGCCUCCUCCGAAAGCUGCCGUGUGCACCGUGACCGGCUCCACUGUCAUCGAUGUCGACGGUAAGGCUGCCUCCAUCCCGGAUCGCUGUGCGUACACUCUGAUGUCAGAAACAGGCGUCAAGCUGCAGGCCGUCUUCCAGGACCGCCGUCGUACAGAUGUUAGCUUUUUGGAUCAUGUGAUCCUGCAUCUGGAUGGGCCAGAUGUUAAGAUUCACCUGGAACAAGGUGGGAGGGUUACGCUGAAGGACAAAGAGCUGACCCUCAGCAGCACACCUGCGACGCAUCACGAUGUGGAGCUCACUAAGGACCAAACUGGGGUCACCGCCAAGCUGUUGAAGUCCAAAUACGGCACCUCUGUCUUCUUUGAUGGCUACACCGCACAGAUCUACACGAAAGUACCAAGUGGAACCACCAUGCCGGGUCUAUGUGGCAAGUCCAGUCGGACUCUGAGUGAAGUGAAGGUCUCUGACUUAAGCUCUGAUAGCUGUGACAAAGUGACCAAGGAGACUGAUGGCAAUAAGUUUGAAUGCACAGAGAUGACUAAACGGUGUGAUCUCCUGAAGACGGCUCCCUUCGACUCCUGCCACAGCUCCAUCAAGCCUGAUCCCUACAUCAAAGCCUGCAGCGACACUCUGUGCAAAUACCCGGCGGUGGACGGUCUCAAGUGCCAGUUCCUGCAGGCCUACGUCAAAGCCUGCAGCCUGCUCGACAAGAAAGUGGAGAAAUGGAGGACAUCGACCAGCUGCUCCUCUGACAAGGCCUUCUGUCAGGACACGUUCUGCAGUGCUCAUGAGUUCUGUGCUGAGGAUACCAGCGGUGGAACCAGCUGCCUCUGUCGAUCCAGUUUUGCCUCCAAAUACAGAAAGGCAAAAACUUUUGGCGAGCCGACCGUCUGCGAUAAAAACUCUGCCUCAGUCAGUCUGGCUCGUUGUCUCAUGGAGGAAAAGAACAUCGACUACUCUGUCUUACACCUCAACGACAAGACCUGCAAAGGUCAGCGGGACGAAAAGACCCACAUGGUGACCUUCGACUUCAAGAGCGACACCUGUGGGACAGUGCUCACGGCCGAAGACAAACAACUUAAGUUCAAGAACUCCAUCGUUGCUCAGGACAGCUCUGGCUCCAAGAUCACUCGCCAUGAUGAAGUGAAAAUCGACCUCUCCUGCUUCUACACCAAAACGAAAGAGGAAACCAUGUCCUUCAAAAUCAAAGACAGCUCUGUGACCCAGACGAUUGUAUCUGGAGCUUGGGAAUACACUCUGACCAUGAAUGCCUUCACCGACGCCAGCCGCACACAAGCUGUGUCAUCCAGCACUGAAAUCCUGCUGGACCAGACCGUCUGGGUGGAGCUGAAGACGGCCGGGCUGGAUGACAAACUGGUCGCCGUGGUGACCGACUCCUGCUGGGCGACCAACGACAAAUCACCCACUGCGAAGCUGAAAUACGACCUGAUCAAGAACGGCUGUCCCGACUCUGCUGACAAGACGGCGAAAGUGGAGAGCAACGGAAAGGGAACGUCCACCUACUUCUCCUUCAACAUGUUCCAGUUCUCUGGGGAGUCUGGUGACGUCUACCUGCACUGCAAACUCAACCUGUGUGUGAAGAAGGACAACACCUGCACCAAGAGCUGCGAUGGCAGUAAGAGAAGACGCAGAUCUGCCAGGAACAGAUAUGUGGAUGAAAACCCAGCCUUCAUCACCAUGGCCUGGUCUAAUUAG